AUGAAACUUAGAAUAUCUCUCGUGUGUUUCCUCGGCCUGGCCCAAACCAUUGCGGGAGACCCCACGUGGCCGAGCCCGUCAGACGACCUCGAAGAGGUCAUGUACCAGCUCUUCGGCUUCCGGUCCGGGCCCGGCCGACAAAAUGCGGCCGAGUGGCUACGUACCGGCUUCCACGACAUGGCCACGGCCAACACCGUGUUUGGCUGGGGCGGCCUCGACGCCUCGCUGCAGUUCGAGCUGAACAACGGCGAGAAUGCCGGGCCUGGCUUCGCUUCCACCCUCGGCUUCAUGUCCCAGUACUACAACAAGAGGACGAGUCUGUCCGACCUACUCGCCCUUGCCGUCUAUGCCUCCCUGGGCAACUCCAUCGGCACCUUUCGAGAUCAGUUUAGCCGUAUGGGCUUCAACAACGCCGAGAUGAUCCAGCUCGUCGCGUGUGGUCACACCCUCGGCGGGGUCCACAGCGCCCAGUUCCCCACCGUCGUCCCACCGGGCCAGUUCCCCAACGACCGCGCGCCCCUUGACAGCACCGAUGCCAUCUUUGACAAUGCCAUUGUGACCGAGUACCUCGAUGACUCCACAGACAACCCCCUUGUGCGGGGUCCCUCGGCGCGCCAAAAUUUCAACUCGGACUUCAUCGUCUUCAACUCAGACGGUAACGCCACCAUGCGCGCCCUUGCUGACGCCGCCAGGUUCCGGAGCGUGUGUCAGGACGUCUUCAGCCGCAUGGUCGACGUGGUCCCUGCUGGCGUUGUCCUGUCUAGCCCCGUGCUGCCAUACACGGUUAAGCCAGUCAACAUGCAGCUGAUACUGGCUUCGGAUGCCGGCGCGUUGCAGUGGAGUGGCUACAUUCGCGUGCGGACGACGGAGAUGCCGCUCGCCGACAUCCUCAACGUGGUUGUCACCUAUAAGAACCGGUACGGGCAGGCGGAUUGUGGAUCCCUCUCAUGCUCAACGACACUCACCGUCCAAGGCGUUGGUACGGGCUUUGAUGAGUCUUUUGCUUUCUUCCCCAUCGACCGAUCCAUCCCUGUGGCUACCGGAAUCUCAUCUUUCACUCUUGUCGUCAACAUGAAGGAUGGCGCCAAGCGCGCCUUUGACAACAACGGCAACGGGUACCCCGUCCAGGACGGCAUUGUGAUCCAAAAGCAGCAGAGCUGCCUCCUCCAGACUUCCGGCACCUUCACCCUCACCACCGCCGUCCGCAACGACCUAGCUAAUCAGCCCGUGGCAGCCACCAUACAGUAUAAGACCAAGCGCGACACGAACCCGACCCACCUCUUGAGCGAGAUGGCCCUGUCACUGACUAAUGGCAGCUGCGUUGGUGCCUACACGCUGUUUACGGGCUCCACUACUAUUCCCGGAGGGUUAAGUGCCUCGUCCGUGAUAGAUGUCGCCGUGGGCUCAUACAAGGAGCUCUUCCGGUCUGACGUGCGAGACGCGGGGGUGCCGUCUUCAAUCUCGUCGCCGCCGAGCACCAGCUCGACUUCGACAGCCACCAGCAGCGGGAUAGUCACCAGCAGCUCGGCCGUGUCCAAUAGUGCACCGUCCUCUGAGAUCGUGACUAGCACGACGGGAGACCCAAAUCUCGUCUCAUCCACCGCUUUCUCCUCAUCCUCCUCCUCCUCCUCCUCUGUGACCAUAUCCUCGGCGAACACUGUGACAACGCAGUCUGUCCAACACCGCCCGACUGUCGGCGGCUACGAGCUCGUCGCCUGCUGGACCGAAGGCGCGCAUUCUCGCGCGCUCAAGGGCGCUUCCUUUGCCUACGAUGGCAUGACGCUUGAAUCCUGCAUGGCGAAUUGCACGGGCUUCGCCUACUGGGGCACCGAACUGCGACGUCGUCUGCUCGGGGACCGGACGCAGUACUGCGGCGGCGGCAACAGGCUCGAGCUCUACUCUACAACUGCCGCGGUCUCAGCGCCCACCCCGACGGCAACCCUUGCGCACCUCCCCACGCUCGGCGUCUACAACUUGGUUGGCUGCUGGAAGGAAGGCCGGGGUUCCCGGGCAAUGGAUGCAAGGGCGACAGCGUCGGUAGAUAUGACGCUAACAAAGUGCAAAGAGUUUUGCAACGGAUACGAGUACUUUGGUACCGAGUACGGGAGAGAAUGUUACUGCGGUGACUCGCUUCAUGAGACUAGCGAGGAGGCACCGGCCGAGGACUGCAGCAUGGUUUGCUCGGGUGAUGAGUACCAGUAUUGCGGCGCGGGCAACAGGCUUGAACUCUACAGGAGAGCGGAAUCUGGGGUCGCCUCUAGUACACAGGCGGAAACAGCCACAACCGUGUCCUUCUCGACAUCACCAUCCGUCGUGCCCUUUUCUACAACCUCCUCUUCUAUCCUCUCUUCCACCAUUAAUGCCUCACCUACGCCGACAAUUGUAGGAAACUUCACCUUUCAGGGUUGCAUCACAGAAGGCAGCGGAGUACGCGCCCUCUCCCAAGCCGGCCUCGCCGACCCCCAACUAGACCUCGAGCACUGCGCCGAAUUCUGCUCCAACUACAAGUAUUUCGGCACCGAGUACGCGUCCGAAUGUUACUGCGCCGAUUCCCUAGACCCUUCAUCCUCGGAGGCCGACCCGUCCGAGUGCAACAUGCCGUGCUCUGGCGACGCCUCCCAGCUCUGCGGCGGGCCCAACCGCCUCAGCCUGUACGCAUCGCUGAGGAGGCCCCGUCAGCCCCUCGCCACCCGGAAGCGGUAG